GCCGCUACGACGAACGUUUCGUCGUCGUCGUCGCGUCGUCGCCGCCACCGCCACCGCCACCGCCACCGCCGCCGCAGCAGUUCGUAGUCGUGUUGAGCAGCGACGUUGAGGCAGAUUCGGGCUAGAAGAGAAGAAACGAGAAAAGCCGAGAAAGACCGAACGAUCGACGUCGGGCAAGGCAGCGAGAAGAGAGAGAGAGAGAGAAAGAGAAAGAGAGGGUGAGAGGCACACGGGUGUCGUACUACCACCGUUCACGAUGGUGGUGGGGGACUAGAGGAAAAAAGAAAGAGCUAUAACGAGUGAAGGGGAGAAGAGAGAAAGAGAGAGCGAGCGAGCCUUCCCUGGUUCGCCGGCCGGCCGUCGUGUCUCCCCUGCCCCUCAGUUACUUCCCCUUUCGUCCCGCACGGCUGCUUCCAGCAGCAGCAUUGCCUUGGUGCUGGUGCCGCCGCCACCGCCACCACCGUACCUAACCCACCACGGAGCUGUAGCCAACGAACGACGACGAACGGUCGAGCAUAGCGUCGAGUUGAGAGAACGUAUUCCAAGUGUACCGCGCGUGCCACGAAGCCUUUACUCCGUGCGUAGUAAAGCGCUCCGAAGCGUCGAGCGCGCGCGCGCCCAAACACCCGCGGUUACAACAAGAGCGCAUUCAUAUACCUGGUGAUACAUCGCCUUAUAUUGUGUGCUGUGUGCGCCAGGUGGACGACUAAAGAGAGAGAUAGAAGUACAACUACCAAGGGAGUGAACAAGACAAUAAAGACAAGGAAUAAGAAGCACGCACAACAGUGUUAUUUGCUUCAGUGAUACAAUCACGGAAGAAAAAGACGAAAAGGUAUAUAUAUUUACGCGUUAUAUAUAUAAAAAAAAAAAUAAAGAAAAUAAAGAGUAGAAAGAUAGAAAACUAUAGCGAGAGCUAGAGCAAGAAAAAAAAAAAAAAAUCGAAAGGAAGAAAGUAGUAGUCACGCGUCGUCGGGUAUCGUAAAACGAAAGCGCGCGUCCACGACGUCGUCGACGCCGCAGCCAAAACCGAAAAGAAGGUGGAAAAAAAGGAUAAGGACGACGACGAGGAGGAAAAGAACGAAGAGCCGGCUAGUAAUACCGUACGGAUGUGAGGGUGCGCGCGUGGACGACGAGGUACCUUCUCUCGCGAGAGAGCGCGAGCGUGCCCGGUCUCGCUCGCGCGCACGCGUGUGCGUGUGUGUGCGCGUCGUGAGUAACCUCUCGUCGUCGCCACCGCCGUCGCCACCGCUGCCGCUGCUGCCGGUUGUACCCGUAUCUUCCUUUCUCUCUCUCCCUCGUUGUCGUUGUCGUCGUAGUCAUCGUACUCGUCGACGUAGUCCUCGUCUUCGUCGUCGUCGUCGUCCUAAUCCUCGGCUGUGUACCGGUGGUUGUAGCUGGAUAAACUGCGAAGGUACGAAGAGGAGAAGGUGGAGGUAGUGGUGGAGGAGGAGUGAAGGAGGUGGGGGAGGAGGUGGAGGAGGAGGAGGAGGACGUAACGUAGGAGCCGCGUACGUGUACGCGCGUACGAAAUGUCGGAUCACCACCGCGUAACCGGUGGCUGGGCUACGGCCAACCCUGGAAACCGCGAGGAUGGAUCUGGUGGUGCCCCUUGGUGGCCAUCCGGCAUGAACGCAGUUUCUGCUGCCGAACAGCAGCAACAGCAGCAGCAAGCACAACAGCAACAACAAAAUCUUCAUCAACAUCUGAUGAAUCAACAACAGCAGCUUAAUCAACAACAGCAAGCACAGCAACAACAGCAGCAGCAACACCAUCAGCAACAGCAGCACCAACAACAGCAGGACAUAGUAAGGAGUACUGCGGCGGCGACGCAGCAGCUUUUCUCCUACAAAAUGGCAUCCAGCUUUCAAAAUCCGGCAACGACCGGUACGCAGUCGAGCCCGGUCUCGACGUCGACGCCUGUUGGCUCCUGCAUGAGGGGUGGUUACGACUUCAGACUAGGCAACGCUCCCGGAUCGGGCGGCGGUGGCGUACCUGGCACUCCGUCCGCGCCACCGCCCGGCGUUCAGUGGUGGUAUACUACAGGCGGUGUUAUGGACGCGGCCGCACAGAACAACCUCCAUCAACAGUUGCAGUCGCAGCAGCAACAGCAUCUAUCCUCGAUUACCACGCAAACAUCUACGCCCCCCGUCAUGUCGCCGCAUCAAAUACAGCAGUUACCGCAGCAGAAUAAUUUGCAACAAAAUAACGCUCAAGGUCUGCAACGGGACAACAUGCCUAGAGGAAAGGACUCUAAGCCAAGGGGACGAAUGACCGCAUACGCGUUCUUCGUGCAAACAUGUCGACAGGAACACAAGAAGAAACAUCCCGAAGAAAAAAUCAUAUUUCGCGAAUUUUCAAAGAGAUGCGCGAAUAGGUGGAAGACAAUGUCAGACAAAGAAAAGAAACGUUUUCACGAAAUGGCAGAAAAAGACAAGAAAAGAUACGAUGCGGAGAUGCUAAAUUAUACGCCACCUAAAGGAGAAAAGGGCAGAGGAAGGAAACGUAAACAUAUUAAAGAUCACAAUGCACCUAAACGAUCACUGUCUGCCUUCUUUUUGUUCUGCAACGAUGAACGUGGUAAAGUGAAAAUGUUGAAUCCUGAAUAUGGUGUAGGAGAUAUUGCCAAGGAAUUAGGUAAAAAAUGGUCGGACGUAGAUCCCGAAACCAAAUCUAAAUAUGAGGCUAUGGCAGAAGAGGAUAAAGCUCGAUAUGAAAGAGAAAUGACAGCAUACAAAAAGAAAAUGAAAGAUGGUGUACCAGUGGUUGUAGAAGCACCACCUGCAAAUACUGUAAAAAGCGACAGUGAAGAAGAAUGGAAGGAAGACGAUGAAUAGCGGCUGCAUGAUAAAAUGUCAUCUAUCACCCCGUGUCCUUGAUCCUAAAAGCAUACCUCACCUACUGUACGUACCAUUGACCUUAGCGUGAGUGUACUUACACCACUAGGAGAACAAAUAACUAACCAUGAGUCCCAUAAUAAUAAUUGAAAAUACACGCGUUUAUAAUAAUUAUUUUAAAACUUGUGUGUAUGCGCUAUGUGAAAGGAGAUCGUAUGAAUGACAUUUGUAUUUUAACAUAUUGAUUAGCAACAUGUAAAGUGUCAUAGCAUAGAGAAGUGAAAAAAGAUGGUGCCCACUUUCUGUGUGAGAUGGAAGGCGCAGGGGCUCAAUCAUUGUUGACUUUGUCUCCACAUCAUGUUAAAAGCUAAUUUAGUUAGUAACGACAAGAAAAAAAAUUAAGAUUCACUAGCCUCGUUGUUGACAAAAAAACUCUAAUGGUUUUGUGAAAUUUAUCAGUUCAGUUCAUUUGCUGCCAGAAUAUAAGAGACUAAUGUUGUAUAUCCUUGUACAGAACGUUUCUUUAAAUCAAAUUUCUCUCAGGUAGGGCAUGGGGCUGCUUUGUAUGAGUGUAAUUGAUUUUUAUAUUUGUCAAGAAUAGCUGUAAGUAAUUAGAAUAAGUAUACUUAAACACAACGUCGAUAUCGUACAUUCACAUCAACGUGUGAUAGUUUUCACUAAUGGUGGAUACUAAAGCCACGUGAUUGAGCCUUGUAGUUUAUAAGCAAUUUGAAUCGAGAUAAAAACAUGUAGUUCACAGCUUUUACAAAUCAAAAUUAGGACAGUAUACUCCGACAGUCGUCCUAUAACUUACAGAGAGGGUGCUGCUCGUUGUUGUAUGCACAAAAAGUCGAAAUUUUAUUUGCGUGACCGUGCUGCAACCACCAACACCGCGAUUUACUGAGAAGGAUUACACAACACAACACAGGAUAGAGAAAAAAAAUGCCCUAAUUUUACUUUGUAUAGUGACUUUGGUCAUUGUUUUACUAUAAAACAAGAAAUAUGUAAAGAUGAUUUAUGUUUUUUAUUCAUUUUGAUGAGAUCUUCGUAAAUGGCAGUUGUUUAAGUAGACAAAUAUUGUAAUUUUUAUUUUAUUUUAUUAUUAUUCUUUUUUUUCCUAACGCGUAGAAGUGGUCCCCCUGCCCUUACCAUCGUCAUCCUCCCUCUCAUAUUCAUUAUGUCAAUAAAGGAAAUACUUAAAUCCUAUCCAAACCAUUUAAAUUCCUUUAAUUGUUCGAGAAAGCAAAGUAGGAGGGCGUGUUUUGUACUGCCUUGAGUCAUCUGGUGUACUGCAGGCUGUAUUAUAAUAAAUUAUUGUGGUUUCUUGUAAUGUUAAACAUUCCUAGAACUUAGUAUGUACAGAUCCUUAUCAUUGAAAUUAGUGCAAACUAUGAAGUGGCACGCAGAUGAAAUAGGUCUGGUCACUUGUUUUGUGAAUUUGUUAACCAGAUCAAAUAAGCGAAGUGAAUAUAUAAAAAAAAAAAAUACAACUUUAAGAAAAAAAAAGGCUUUCCUACAGUCAGACUGACUUGCACCUUGAUUUGGCUCAGCAGUUAGCCAUCAUUUUUCUCAACAUAAAAAAAAUGCUCUUCAUCUUCCCCCCUGAUAACAUUGUCAUGUAAUGAAUAAUUGUAUGAUUAUAUGAACAAAAACCUGUUUUAGAGGGAGCUAGAGGAUGAAUACUGUAAAAUAUAAAAUUGUAAUAUUUUAAUACUGAUUUGCAGAUGUGCAUAAUUUUAACAUAGCUGGUUAAAGUGAAUUGUACUGAUUCAGAGGUAUCCAUUUGAUGGAAAUUAAUAAAAACAAAUAUUGAAAAUCA